CCCAAUCCCAUCCCCCGCCGCCUCUCUGUUUUUGUUCCCUUCUGUUUGUAUUCCUCUGGCUGGACCAUGGCUGCUGCCUUCGAGCGGCCAACUUUCUGCUGCUGCCGGAAAGUUGUGACCGGCUCCGCCAAGAGCGAGAGGUUGAAUUCGUCCCGGGACUGCCCUGUCGACAUCGCAUCCGCCUCCAACUUCCAGCAUUUCCAGAUCCAGCAUUUCCACCUGGAGUUGGACAUUAACUUCCCGAGCCGGGAGAUCCAGGCGGUGGAGGUGCUGGACUUGGUGUGCCUGCAGCCCGACACCCAGAGCCUGGUCCUGGACUCGCACCAGUCGCUGCACAUCCGCUCGGUCAACGCUAAAUGUCGGUGCAACUCGGGCGAAAACAGCUGGCCCCUGAGUCACCGCCUCGACCCUUUCACCGAGUACGGCUCCUCUCUCGUGAUAAACCUGCCGGCUGCCAUCAAACCUCUCAGCAACUUUCAGAUCAUCAUCAGGUACACUACAGCCGAUGGGCCGGCGAUUUGGUGGCUGGAUCCAGAAUUAACAAGUGGAAAUUCCAAACCAUUCCUUUUCACACACGGUCACUCAGUGUGUAACAGGUCCUUCUUCCCCUGCUUUGACACACCUGCUGUCAAGAGUACUUACUCCGCUACAGUUAUGGUUCCACCUGGUAUUAGAGUGCUGAUGAGUGCAACUCGGAGCACAUUUGAUGAGCAAGAGAAUAUAUACAGAUUCCAAAUGGAGUAUCCGGUUCCUGCUUACCUGUUAGCACUUGUAGCAGGAGAUCUGAUCUCUGCAGAUAUAGGUCCACGAAGCAGAGUUUGGGCGGAACCUUGUUUAUUAAAAAUUGCAACCGCAAAACUGAAUGGCACUGUGGAACGGUGGCUAAGUGCUGCAGAGAAUCUGUUUGGGCCAUACAUGUGGGAAAGGUAUGAUGUUGUUUUCCUUCCUCCCUCUUUUCCAAUUGUCGCAAUGGAAAACCCCUGUUUGACUUUCAUUAUUUCCUGUAUUUUGGAAAGUGAUGAAUUUCUCAUUAUUGAUGUUAUCCAUGAGAUCGCACACAGUUGGUUUGGAAAUGCAGUUACCAAUGCCACAUGGGAAGAAAUGUGGCUGAGUGAGGGCUUAGCAACAUAUGCACAACGUCGCAUUACCACAGAAACCUAUGGGGCUGCUUUUACUUGUCUUGAAACCACUUUUCGACUGGAAGCACUGCAUCGUCAGCUGAAACUCCUCGGAGAUGAGAGUCCUGUCAGCAGACUACAAGUGAAGUUUGAGCCAGGUGUCAAUCCCAGCAGUCUAAUGAAUCUUUUCACCUACGAGAAAGGAUUCUGCUUUGUGUAUUAUCUUUCACAGCUCUGUGGAGACACAAAGUGCUUCGACUCCUUCCUCAGAGCCUAUGUAGAAAAGUUCAAGUUUACAAGUGUUGUUGCAACUGAUCUACUGGAGUUUUUCCUCGGCUUUUUUCCUGAGCUCAGGGAGAAAUGUGUGGACAACAAAGAAGCUCAGCUCUCAUUUCUGAGAUUUCUGCUUACAGGUACUUCAGAACUAUUUGAGUUAAAUUUAAAACUGAAUGCUAUACCUCUCCAAUAUAGCUCAUUCUUUCUCUUCCAGACCUCACGAAUGUACACUGGUCCUUUGUAUGAGGAUCUGUGUGCUGGAACCAUGAAGGCCAUUGCCAUAGAGACCUUUUACCUGACUCAGAACAGACUGCAUGUGAACUUGAGGAGAGCAAUCCAACAGAUUUUUGCACACAGUGCUAAUCCUGCUGCUGUUAUGACAUUUCUAGAAGAUAAACCAUCUGAUGCAUCAAACCCCAUCUCACUCAGGGAUGUUAAUGUCUCAGCGUAGCUGAUCAACCCAUACCAUUAUUGGAUGCAUCCUAGAAAAUAACUUACACGAGAGCAGCUCUGGAAACUGAAAAUGUUUCCAGCUAUGACUUUUUAAUUUAAACAAAUUUCCAGGAUUUACGCUGGUUACCUUAUGGACCUCUUCCAGGGAAUGGAGAAGCCUAAAUCAGCAUUCCAAAACUGUUUCUUACAAGACAGUAUUUCAUCCAACCAUUGGGCAUGUAGUUACAGUAGUAAUCUUGUCACUCUUGACAUACAUAUGGGACAUGUAGCUUCACAGAUUGUAGAUUGAGGAUGAUUCAUUGAUAAUCCAGGCACUCGAAAUCUUCAGUGAGCAGAACAGCUUGAAAGAACAGACAGCAUCCCAGCUCCAGCAAGUUAGUUACUACAGUGUAGAACCUAUUGCUGCUUGAAGAGGUUGGUGCUAAUGAAAUAAUUACGUCGGUUCUGCUAUAACAUGUGUUUCUUUGACACGAAUCGGCUUGAACGCACUUGAAGAAUUUAGACCGUUAUUUGUAGAAUGCGAACUUUCCUUACCUGUAUUGGCUAUAACAUGAUUCCGGCCCCAUCAGUUUAAAUGGUGUGGCUAUUGUGUGAUUUUCUUACAACAUGAGAUCGCACAAGAACAGAAUUAUCAUGUUAUAUCAGAACAGACUGUAGUAUAGUAUUAGUUGCUUCUGGUUAGUUAGUUACAGAAUAAAAACUACGUAUGAUGUAUUGCUAAAUUGAACAGGAAUAACUGAGACACCAUAAAGCAUAAGAAUUCUCAUUUUGCCAAAACAGAAAGAUUCAUUAGUAAACCUCUCACUUCUAAUAAGUUUGAUGGUACAUGUUGCUCAGCUCAAAUAUACCAUUUUCAAUAUAAAUUAGUAUUAAUAAAUUAGUAACACCAGUAAUUGUUCAGCAGUAAUGCAUUAUUUAAUGCAAGGUCUUCUGGUGCAUUAAUUGGUGCAUAAUGCAUCUUGAUUUUCUCUUGGAAAGGAGAUUUCAGCCAUAAGGAAUACCCAACUUAAUUCAUGAUACAUACUUCAGGCAGACUAGAAUCUAGACUGGGAUGCAUACAAAAGCAUAGAGAUGUAAAUGUAAUGAUUUAAAUGUUAUGCAUUUGGGUUGUUUCAAAGUAUUUUCUAUUGACCCCUUUGCAUUUGAUCCAAAAUUAACAUUAGUUUAUUUUGCCUUUACAUUGUACUAUGAUUUGAAAUGUGUGUCACUUCUCUUAUUGUUUUCUGAUAUUCUACUUCACAUUUCUGUAGAAUUUUUUCAAAAAAAUUAUUGGAAAGAAUAUUUUCGAGAAAGUAAAUGAACUCUUGAAUUCUUAGAGUUCAGUUACUUGCACUCUUUGAAAUAGUGGAAUUAGGUACUUGAUUAUUUUAUCCAAAUUAAUCAACUGUUCCAUUACAGUAUACAUAGAAAAACAAAUCAUCAGAAUGAUUAGCUUAAAAAAAGAACAUUUGUUUCAAUGUUCUAAUGAGAUAUUUUCUGUUAAUCUCUAGGACAAGCCUUCAUUAUACAUUGCAGCUUAUAUAAUAGAGUCUAAAGUGUACCAUCUCUAAGCACCAUUUCAUUUCAAUUCCAUCGUGCCUUUGUUUCAGUUAUUUUAGAAAUUGGCAAACCUAGUGGGUUGAUGGGCUUAUCUGAGUAUUUAAUUAUCAUUCUGUGCUGGAGCAGGAUGUUAUAGAACUUAGGGUGUGAUGCAUUAAAGUUCAACAUUGGCUGUUGUUUCACAGUCUGCUGGUUUAGGUGCCUGGUUGUGGUUCAGAGGUAAGAUAGAAUAUUGUGCAGUUGGUUAUGAUUGGUGCUGUACUAAUGUGGUGGUUUUGACAGUUGCCAACAAUUUCUGUUUGUUUCGAUGCCUGACUAUAGUUCCACGGAUUAUCUAGGACACCUCUCUUAUUCAUCUUUGAUGAAUAGUAUGUGCUCCCAUAGCUAUAAAUGUUGGAAUUAGCAAAUAUGCUAUUCAGAAUGACCGAGGAAAUAAAGACAAGAUUGAGAGAAUUAUAGCCAAUGUGUCAACACUGGAACCACCUCACCAAAGUCCAUUUAUUCUGAUAAAUGUUUGUACUUUUUCCCCCAUUUUGUUUUCUUGUAUUUCUUAAGUAUGUUCACAAAGAAGUAAAUUUUUAUAGGGGCCAAAAACUGUGUUAUGAAUUUGCACAAGAACUUGUAUGCAACUGUUUAACUGGCCAUACUUUUCAGAGGUAGUGCAGCCAAUGUGCCUUUUUUUAUCAGUAUUCUACUGAUUUAUAAUCUGUUCCCUUUUAGCAGAAGCCUCAGUAUACCAUGUUCAGUAAAAUGAAAUAAAACACUUCCUCAGAAAAUGGAUUGUUAAUUGUUUACAAAAAAAAUUCUGUAAAUCAGAACGAUUUUAUGAUGUCCAGAUAAUAGACUUAUCUUACCAACCCAAACUGAUUUAUCUUCUGUCUUUUUACACAAAAAAUGUUUUGCAUAAUGGCAAAUUAUUGUUAAGAUGAAAGUUAUAUUUUCCCCAAGACUGAAGAAGCUAUUUAUCCAUGAUCUUAUGUGGAAGUUGUAAUUUUCAGGUUUAUGUUUUUCAUAAUGUUCAUUGAUAACUAAUGAAGAUUAAAAUAAAAAUCAAACACAGUUCUGAUCAAAUAUACCAAGAACAUUAUAACAUGUCUUUAUCUUCUUGGAUGUUAACUGAUCUGCUGUAUAUUUCCAACAUA